AUGGCCAGCAUUAUCCAGUCGAUUCUUGACUGGCUACGAAGCCUUUUCUUCAAGACUGAAAUGGAGCUGACUUUAGUCGGCUUGCAAAAUAGCGGCAAAACCACCCUUGUGAACGUGAUUGCGUCUGGACAAUUUAUCGAAGACUCCAUUCCCACUGUUGGAUUCAACAUGCGCAAAGUAACCAAAGGCAACGUGACGAUGAAGUUAUGGGAUAUCGGUGGACAGCCCCGUUUUAGAAGCAUGUGGGAACGCUACUGCCGAGGUGUCAACGCUAUUGUGUUUGUGGUGGAUGCGGCUGAUCCUGACAAGUUGGAAGCUGCCAACGUGGAAUUGAAGAGUUUGCUUGAAAAGCCCCAAUUGGCAAAUAUCCCUGUUUUGGUUUUGGGCAAUAAGAACGAUCUUGAACAUGCACUGAGUGCGGAACAGUUGAUCGACCGUUUGCACUUGAAAUCCAUCACCAAUCGAGAGGUUUCGUGUUACUCGAUUUCAGCAAAGAAUCAAGUCAACAUCGAUGUAACGCUUCAGUGGUUGAUCAAAAAGGGCAAGGGACAAAAGUAG